AAUCAUAAAUAGGAAUCGAAAUAAAAAUAAUUUCGAUACUGAUUAAGUAAAUGACAUUAAUGAUAAUUUUGGUGUCACAUGGGCUCCAUUAUUGACAUAUCCUGUACAUAGAAGCUCCAAAAUAAGUUAUGUUUUCACCCACGUGAGUAGUCAUGGCACACCGCAGAUAGUGAUUAUUUCAUUCACUAAACAUGGAAACGAAAUCAUCAAAAGAGAAAAAAAUUUCUCUUGCUGAAAAAAUAAAUAAUUUAAUAAUUGCUGCACCAACCAAUUUUGGUUCUGACGAUGAAGAUGAAGAAACAAAAGCGCGGGUCGUUGAUAAAUACGAAGAGGCUAGUUCUGAUGAAGAUGUUGGGUUAAGUUUACUCAGAAAACAAAAUGUUAGUUUAUUGGAAGAUGGUGAUGAAAGGUAUAAAGGGAAAAAAAUAUCAAGAAAAGAUAUUUUUGAAAAUGAUCCAUUCCAAAAGAAUGAUAGUGAUAAUAAUGAGGAAAUAGAAUCAAACUACAAUAGCAUGGAAGAGGAUUCUAUAGAAGAUAGUGAAGACAAUGACAGUGAUGAUAAUGAAGCCACAGACGAAGAUAAUGAUGAAGAAAAUGAUCAAUCUGAUUCUCAAGGAGAUUAUUCAGAUGACAGUAUCGACUCUCAACAAGUCGAUGGAGAUGACGACAAAAAUUUCAAAAAUAUAAUCCCAAGUAAUGAAGGAGAAAUUGAAAAAGGUCAAUGUGUUCAUAAUCAGUUAAAAAUAUGGGACAAUUUACUGGAAAUGAGAAUAAAAUUACAAAAAUGCCUUGUUACUAGUAACAAAUUACCUCAAUAUACCACUCACAAUGACUUUAUGACAGAUGAAGAAUGUCUCAAGCGUAAAAAUGAAACUAAAAACAGUUUAAUGAAACUCUUAGAUAAAAUGUUGAAUAUUCAGGAUAAAUUAUUAAAUAAUUACCCAGAAACUAAGGGUUUAUUGUCUACAAAGCAAUCUAGUACAGAAAAAGAACAAGAUGAUGAUGAUGAUGAUGAUGACCCUAUGAAUGAAGAAAUUGACUCAGAUACUGAAGAAGAGAAGUCUGAAGACGAGAUGAAAAAUGAUAGUGAUGAACCUCCAAAGAAAAAACAAAAAGUGAAAAGUUUGUCAGAGUAUGAAAAAAUCCUUGAUGAAAACCAUAAAAAAUACUCUUCUUAUCGGAAUUCUAUGAUACAGAAAUGGAAUGAUAAAACCAGAAUAGCUUCUGGUAAAAUUAACAAAGGUGUAAAUCAAUCAGUGGUUAAACAAAUUGAAUUUUUAUUAAAUGAUAAAUUUAAGCUCAUUCAGAAAACACAACUAAAAAGAUCAGAAUAUGAAAUUAUUGGAAAAGAAUCUACGAAUGAGGCUGAUACAGAUGGAAGAAGAGUUCAAGAAUAUGAUCCUGAAAUUUAUGAUGAUGACGAUUUUUAUCAACAGCUAUUGACUGGGUUAAUUGAACAGAAAGUAGCAGAUAUUUCUGAUCCUAUUCAGCUGAGCAAACAAUGGGUCCAACUUCAAAAUAUGAGGAGUAAAAUGAAAAGAAAAAUUGAUACGAAAGCAACUAAAGGACGAAGAAUUCGAUAUAAUGUUCAUCCUAAAUUAAUUAAUUUUAUGGCUCCUAUUACAGUUAAUGAUACUUGGUCUGAUGAAAUGAAGACAGAACUUUACAAUUCACUUUUUGGUAAAAUCAAAGGGACUGAAAACAAUUAAUAAUUAUUUUAUCAAUUUGUAUCAUAAAAUAAUGUUGAAUGACAUUUUUUUAUAGUAAAAAUAAUGACUGUAAUAAUAGUUUUUAAGAGUAUUAGUGCAUAUAUUAUAUUAA